AUGCUCCCCCGUUCCCUUCCCUCUCCCCUUCUCUGCUUCCCUCUUUCGCUCUCCCUCGACCCUCCCACCCGAUUUCGAUUUCGAUUUCGAUUCCCGAUUGCCUGCCCUCCACCCAUUGACUGGCACUGCCAAACCGCAAUUGAGCAUCUCGAAUUCUUCGUCAGGAUAUCCGUACAGACCAAGAAAAAACCAGCGUCAUACGACUUCGACCCUCUCGCUUGUUUUCCCUCUGGGUCUCUCCGUUCUGCCUCCCGGCUGACACCACUCCUCCAUCCCCAUCUGUCCAUCGCCUUCUGCCGACAGUCGUACGACCAGACAUUCUUCCCGCUCAGCACCACGCCGCUGAUUGCCGUCAAUUGCUCUCGCAUUCCCGAUACCUCACUCCCUCACCCUGCGGCCUCGUCCACCGCUCCCGUCGCUGCUCGCCGGCCACUCACAUCGAGUCCCGCUCUAGAUUCCGGGACCUGGCCCCCAUUCCCAGCGCCGAGCGCACCCAAAGAAUCCCAGGCCCGUCCCGACUUCGAUGAAUUGAGCAUCAGCCCAUAA